GAAACAGCACCCCUAAUGCUAGCACCACUGCUGAUGCGGCUGCCAGGCGGGGGAAAAGUGUUGUGUACGUGCAGAUUGCUGAUGCUUCUCCCAUAAUGUUUUGUAGGAAGUUUCCAUGCUUCUUCGGUUUAGUGCGUAGAAAGAGACCUGGAAACAAACAACGCAGAAUGAUGAUGAUGGUCUAGGUUUCUUUAAUGAGAUAUUUGGAGAAUUUUCAGACCAGGUUUCCCAGUGCGUUGGAAGGAUUGAGUGUCAGAGUCCUUGAGCCAUCCAAAGGUUAUCUUAAGAGAGAAAUUCUCUUAAGGUUGAAAUCUGAGGGUUUAGGGGUGGAUUCUGGCAGAUCCUAAGGUUUGGGAUCUCUGGAAAGCCCUGAAAUUUAUGCAUUUCACCAUGAUGAAGACAUCUAGGCAAAGAGUUGAUUCCAGAAGGAAUUGUGAAGAGCCACAACAAUGUGCCAGUGAAUAAUGAGUAGUACCUACUGUGGCAACUCUUCAGCUAAGAUGAGUGUCAACGAAGUAUCAGCUUUCUCAUUGACUCUGGAGCAAAAAACUGGCUUUGCUUUUGUUGGGAUUUUGUGUAUCUUCUUGGGACUUCUUAUUAUCCGAUGCUUCAAAAUCCUGCUAGACCCAUAUAGUAGCAUGCCUUCCUCUACAUGGGAAGAUGAAGUUGAAGAGUUUGAUAAAGGGACAUUUGAAUAUGCACUCGCGUGAGAGUUCGCAGCUAUAUGGUUUUUAUGGUUGCGCCAUUGGGACACAUUCUGGAUACAAUUGUAAUUACCUUGAAUGUGUGGGAUAGAGGCUCAUUUUGUUUGGUGAAUUCAAUAAACAUCUGUGACUAAUUUCUUCACCAUGCUGUGUAAAUGACAAACUAUUGUUGGGAUUCAUCACUUUCCUCUGUUCCCACUUAGAGGUUUCCGAUGAAUAAAGCAUAAAGAUGGCUGCAGCCACGUUUGCCAUCUUUAUUCUUAUCUUGAACAACUGCCUUGAAUUUCUGCUUCCUUUCUUGUGCUAAUAGACUGUGCUAAAGGCAUCUUGCUCUCUCCCCUCUGCAAAGCCCAGGCACCCCCUCCACAUUCCUGACUCAGACCCCUUUAGCUUUAGUGAGUCAGGUCUUAAACAGAGAAUUUAGUCCAAAGAAUAAUCAAAAUAUUAUUUGUCUAAUAAUAACCAUAGGUCCAAAAGGUUCACAGGUGAAAAAAUAUCUCAAAAAUCUAACACCCAAAGCCUACAAGUAGUCACAGGCCCUAAAGUUCCCCAAAUUUCACAGAGCCCUGACCCUCCUAUCUCUUCUCUUUGUUGAAUCUCUUGCAGUAAAAUCCCAUAGCUUGGAAUCUAAACCAGAUCUGCCUCAUACUGAUGCUCCCUCCCCUACCCCUUGCAUAAAUGAAUUUAAAACGGAGUUUCCACCAUGACCUAGUGGAAAGAGUACUCUAAGCAGAAACAAAGACAGUCUCAGCUGUGCCACCAGUAGAGCUAUGCUCUAAUGGGUAAGUCGUCUAAUCUCUGUGAGCUUCAGUGAAGAGUAGUGUUAACAUCCUUUUCAAUUCUAGUGCCCUAUGAAUGCUACAAAUGUAGCUGAAAACCCAGAGAUCUGAAAUGAAUGAGGAUUUAAGAUAUCAUGAAAAGUUUUUCAGACAUUUGAAUUCUAAUGUUAGCUUAGCCAAGAACUAGAUUUAUGACCUAGAAAGUUACCUAAGGGGAACCUAUAUUCCACAACAAGAAUUAAGAAACCCAUCCUGCAUAUCUUCAGGAAUAUUGAGAGGGCCAAUUAGAUAUAAUGAAAAAUGAAAGCAUUUUGUAUACCAUAAAACAGUAUCUAAACAUACCUUGCUAUCAAUAUUUAUUGUCCUCAUCAGUAGCAGUAAUAGAGAUUCUCAAACCCUAAGAAGCAAUGGCUUAGUGUAAAUUAUUCAAUCUCUUUCAUAUUUCAUUCUCUUCAAUUGAGAAAUAAAAAGAUAGAAUUAUAUAGUUCUAAAUUCUUUUCAACCACAAACUUCUGACUCUCUAUGAGUCAGAAUGGAGGAACAUAGCAGGAGAUAAAUACAAAAAUAUUUAUGUCCUUUGAAAACACAGAACUGCAAAACAUACCAUGAAGGAACAAGACUAAUAUUACCAAGAGGUAGCACUAAAUUAGUUACUUUCAAUUUAUUUGAUACUCUUAUUAAUUAUUUGAGUUGGAGACUACUAUUUCCAUUUUAUUUUUAAUCUUAAUUUUGCAGAAGAGAAACUGAAGCUGAGAGAAAUUAACUGGCUUCCCAAGGUCACCAUAGCUAGGGAAUGGUUAUGUUAGGGAUUGAACUUGGGCAGUUUAAUUUCUGCUGUAUCCUUAGACACUGUCCUUAACACUUCUACAUAGUUUAUGGACAUGGUUACUGCUCUGGUCUAUGGAAUUCCAAAACCAGCUGUCUCUGUGAGAUUCCUUGAUGCUUUCCAUCUCAUAAUAGAUUUAGAACAUAUCUGUUAUUAGCUGUGGAUCUUCUGGACCAAAUCCUCACCUCAAGGAGGCUCUCUGUACCCCAGUUGGUUCAAGAGUGUAGGCCUGGUAUACCUCGUAGCCAGUUAGUAACUUGGCCCAAGAACAGGUCAUUGGGCCAAGGUCAGCUGAACAUACUGAAAAUUGUGUGUGCCAGGAAACUAGGUCUCUUUGUUGACCAAGGCCUUUAAAGUACCAGAUGUUUCAUUUGUCUCCCAGAGAAGACACCCACCAAGACCCUCCAUUUUGAUGACUAGAACAAACCAAGUCCAGAUCUUUAUUUCAAAAGAAGAAAGACCUCUACAACCAAGAAAACUUUAUGAAAUAUAAGCAUUGUUUCUGGAAGUUCAACUCCCAUAAGCUUUUCAAGUAUAUCAACUCUACCAUAAUAUUAUUUCCAAAUCCACUAAAGAAAAAUUCCAUUAACCGAAAGUGUCUUCAUCUGUGGUUUUUAUUUGUGGUCUAUUGGGUGCCUUAGUUUUUUGGGGGGGUGGAGUGGUUGGGGGGAUAGAAAAGUCAGCAUCUGUAUUUUCAGAAACAGAAAGAAUAUAAAAAAUAUAAAAGGCUGGUUACAACAUGAAAACAACAUGGAAAUUUCAUGAAAUGUUAAUUCUUCUAGGAAUAGAUGCUCAAUGUCACAGCUGGAUCAGCUUCUAGCUUCCCCUUCCCAAAAGCCUUGUCAGAGAGGACAGAGGAAAGAUAGAGGAGCAUACCUCAAGAUAGCUUGCUCCUGUUACCUUUCCCACCUGUCUGAAAGGCCUAAAUCAGAUUCACUUUUCAAGGUUGGCUUUAUGGAUGGUGUUAUUUCAUCCAUAUCCCCCAAAACCAUCUCCCAUUUGUUCCAGGAUGCCUGAAUCCCCUUAAUAGAGAACAAAGACUUUCAUUUCACAGUGAGAGAUAAAAGGCUUAGAAUGAAAAUGUCUGGUUGAUGUAAGACCAAGACUAAAACAAAUUCAUACCACUCUGAAGUCAGGCAGUCAGUCAGCAAGAAAAAGGAAAUUGACUGGUAUCAGAGGUAUUCAGUCAUUGGUAGAGGAAAAAGGCUGUAGAGUAAAUAAGUGGCUCCCAAAAGGGUUGGAGGAUGUCAGCUUAUGGCUCCUGUCCUGGUCUGGUGAAUAGAACUUGUUUUAGGUGCCAGCCCCAUCCUAGCUGUCCCUUGUCUUGAUCUAAACAACCAGCCCCACCCAGCUGAAUUUGAAAUGGGACAUUCCUAUGCCAAAACACUUUCUAUAUGAGGAAUCAGAACGCUUUGUUGAACAGAUAAAUGCCUUGUACUGGUGACCUUUAAGAGUGGAAUGAGUUAUAGGUACAUACUUGUAAUUCUGUCUCUAUUUCUGAUAUAGCCUCACGACAUUAGCCUGACUGAUUAGCAUGACAUUUACCUAAUGAAGAGAAUCUAAAGAGUUUUACUUAGGUGUCUUUAGACACUUCUAUAAUCCUGUAUCAGUUCACUAACUUACCUUUACACUUUUUUUAUAGACAAAAUAUCUAUCCCAAUCUGUAAUGAUUCACCUCACAAUCUUGUAUGUGCUAAGUAAAAAUCCCCAGCUAAUUGUAAAUAGCACUAAAAUAGUGAAAGCAAGCACUAGGUACAAAUUGUUGCUGUUCUAAACCCCAUACACAAACUAACUCAUUUAUUCCUCAAAAUAGCUCUGCAACAAGGUAGGUACAAUUAUUAUCCACAUCUGCAUUUGCGGAUGAGAAAUUAAGGCACAGAAAGAUUGAGUAACUUGACUGAGUUCACACAGACAGCAAGUGGCAGGGCCACGACAUAAGUUGGGGCUUCUGACUUGACUCUUGCUCCUAGCCACUAUAUUACACCACAAUCAAGCUACUCAGCCAACUGGAAAUCACUUGAAUCGUUUCUUAUAAGAAACAAAGAGGACUCAUUAAAUCAUCCUGAUUGAUAAUCAGUGACAGACCUGAGGGAGGAAUUGUUUGCAGUGUUAAUAAUCACCUACUUGCAGAUCUGAAAAAGAAAAAUCUUUUCCUCAACAAAACUCAAAAACUGAGUUUGACAAAAAAAUGUUUUUCUAGUUGGAGACAGAAAGGUCAUUUAGUAGUGCCACUGAGAUACUUACCCACAGUUUGGUUCUGGCUUAAAACAGUUUUCCCUGCUGGGCGCGGUGGCUCACACCUGUAAUCUUGACAGUUUAGGAGGCUGAGCUGGGCAGAUUACCUGAGGUCUGGAGUUCGAGACCAGCCUGGCCAACAUGGUGAAACCCCGUCUCUACUAAAAUUACAAAAAAAUUUAGCCAGGCAUGGUGGUGGGAGCCUGUAAUUCCAGCUACUCAGGCAGCUGAGGCAGGAAAAUCGCUUGAACCUGGGAGGCAGAAGUUGCAGUGAGCUGAGAUUGCACCAGUGCACUGCAACCUGCGCAACAGAGCGAGACUCCAUCUCAAAAAAAAAAAAAAGUUUUCCCAUAUUUCCCAAAAUAGAAAUAUUUUCAAUAAAUAAUUGAUUCCACUCUCAAUCUGCUUACUUCCCAUGCAAAAGAGUCAAGGUAAUAUCUACCAGAAGCAAGAUAAAAUCAUUUCAGACGCUACUUUCUAGUUACAGAGUAUAGAAAUUAUCUCUGGAGAACUAUACUUUGAUACACAUGCUAAACAAUAGGAGGUCACUAGGACUCAUCUGUAAGACGGCGGAACUCAAUUUAUCUAUUCCCAAAUGACUAAUGCCAAUGCUCAUAUUUUUUGGA